AUGGCUAGUGCCUCAUGCACAUGCCAGUCCAGUGCUACAGGGCUGCACCAGGACGCCAGGGGCCCAGACUUGUGGGACAGAGCAGGUACAUCCCCAAGCAGCCUCUCCAUCUCCUGGGCAAUUGGCUGCAGCUCACUGUCAGCCCCCACACACCACAGCCCCGUUACCAUGAGAACCCUCCCAGGCUACAGUAACACUUUGGGAUGGGCUGUUGUGCCUACUCCUGCCCACCUCCCCAGAGUCCUAGGGUUCUUGUAGGGGUGCUUUGUGCCCCCAAAGCACCAUUGAUACCUUAGCCUGACCCUGUAGCCCCUAGCUUGGGGGACCCCUGGUGUAGGGAUGGCACAGAACAUUCAUGGUGGAUUUCGCUGGGGCCUGCAUCCAAUAGGACACAGAGUGGGAGCCACCAAUCUGCCCUUCAGAGUCAAGAGAAUCUGGGCCACUCCCCAGCUGGCCGGGGUGCACAGGCUGGGUGAGGUUAUCACCCCACCCUGUGGCGAGGACACAGGUCAGCACAGGCCUGCCCAGUGGGAUGUGCACAGUGGUGGCUGCUUGACCUGGACAGCAGGCCCUGCUGUGUCUGAGCCAGCCAUCUGGUCUCUUGUACCUACGGAGUCCUUGGCAUCUCCACUCUAAAGUGGAUAAUGUCCAGCCAGAGGGCAGCAGGGCCAAAGUUGCCCAUCUGCUCCUACCUGACCUGACUGGAGGCAGGCUUUCUGGGAGUUCUGACCAGACUCUGCAGCCUGAUGGGGUUUGGGGUUCCUCCAGCACCCUACCAGAGGCCCUGCCAAGCCACCAACUACCAGGACAGGUGUCCUAGAGAUGAGGCUGGCAUGAUGGCUGGCUUCUCUGGGACACAGGCUCCCUGUUAAGAUCUUGAGACUCAUUUUGGGGAGGCUUGAGGGAUCUGUCACGCUGUGCUCAGUACAGCCCCACACUGCAGACACACCGAGCUUCCAUUCUUGGUCCCCCUGUCCAGCUCCCCUUGAGGCCCCCACCAGGUGCGGCCCCUUUAAGUGCCACCCCAUUGGCCGCCAGUGGAGGCAGCACUGAGCGGCCAGGCCAGCACCGGCACUGCUGCCUCGAAGCUUCUCCCGUGCAGGGGACGCACGGUGCCCGGGACCCGGCAGAGUCGACUUGGGUUUGUGCAGCCCAUCUGGGUUUGGCAGGUGGAGGAACAUCCAGCCCGGCCUAGCGCUGAGGAUGAAAACAGGUCCAGACGGGGUGCACGAGAGACUAAGACGGGGUACAGACUGGAACUUAGUGGCCAUGACCCCAAAGCGCAGCCGUGCCUCCAGGAAGCCCCGACACACCUGGGACACCGAGGGCUGACCCCAAGAGGCGUCAGACUACCGUCCUGCCAGAGGUCAGGCUUCUCCUACAGGUGCCUCUGACUUUGAUGGCAUGGACCAGGCGCCGGCAGCCACGGCCGAGGCCUGCAGCCAGGGCCGCCCCAGCUCCAUCACCCCAGGGCAAGAGCCCCGAAAGGCCGAGUGACUGGAGCCGCCAGCCUGGGGACAUCUUUUAAGAUGACCCGCACGGACCCGCCGGAUUUGCUGGUGUCGACCGUGUACCAGGACAUCAAGGUGGCGGCCCCGGGGCCCGCGUCCAGGCGCCAGCCAUGUGAGCGCCCCGUGGCCCGGCCUGCUGCGCCCGCGCCCUUCAACAAGCGCCACUGCCGCAGCUUCGACUUCCUGGAGGCGCUGGACGCGCCCGCCAUGGAGGCCCGGCCAGAGCCGCCACCCCCGGAGCCCGCGCCGCAGCGCGCCCGGCCGCGCGACGGGGAACCGCGGCGCCGCGCGCGCUCCAAGAGCGCACCGCGUGUGUCCCCGGGCCUGGCGCCCGCCCCUGCCUCGCCGCCAGUCCUGCAGCGCCGUGCCCAGCGCGCGGCGCGGGCCGAGGGGUCGCCGCGCCGGGACCCCGCGUACCCCGCGCUCCGCGCACUCGCCAACGAGCUGCAUCCCAUCAAGUUGCAGCCACAGCGGGGCGGCCCCGGCCGAAUUGCACCGCUGUGCGCCGCCCCCGGCCGCUGCGCACCACCCGAGCCGCCCGCCGGGCCAGCGCCCCACGUCCGCUGCCGUCUGGACAUCAAGCCCGACGACGCGGUGCUGCAGCACGCAGCCCGGGGAUCGCGGCCUUGCGGGCCCAUCGAGCCCGCGCCGUGGCCCCGCACUGCCCCGCAGUUCCACGGCCUCACGGUGCCUGGGCCUCGCCACGCGGCGCUGUCACGCACCCCUACCCCCACCGACUCGUACUGCGCAGACCCCCGCGCGCUGUACUGCGAUGGGGUGCUGCCAGGGCCCCGGGACUACGCUGAGCGCCGAGCUCAACUCUUCGCCGCGCCCCCAGGCCCCACCCAGUUCUUCUACACCGAGGAGCCAGAGGGCUUCGGGGGAGGCUUUGCAGGCAGCCCGGCACCCCCCUUCGAGGGCUACUGCCCCCGGCCCUACCCGGCUGAGGAGCCCCCAGGGCCCAGUCCUCCGCACGGGGGCGGCUACUAUGCGGGGGAAGUCCGUACCUUCCCGAUCCAGGAGCCGCCCUCCCGCUCCUAUUACGGGGAAGCCCCCAGAGCCUACGGCCCACACUUUGGGCCUCGCUACGUCCCCGAGGAGCCCCGGGCGCGCCCCGCCGCCCGCCCCUUCUACACUGAGGAUUUCGGACGGUACCGCGAGCGCGAAGUCCUGACUCGAACCUACCCGCAUCCGCGCAGCAGCCCGGCCUGGGCCGACUGGGGCCCGCGGCCAUACCGCACGCUGCAGGUGGCGCCUCCCCCGGCGCCCGGGCCGCUGCUGGCCUCCUGGCACGGCGGCACGGGCACCAGCCCGCCGCGCCUGGCCACCGACAGCCGCCACUACUCGCGUUCCUGGGACAACAUCCUGGCACCCGGGCCCCGCCGUGAGGAUCCUUUGGGCCGCGGCCGAAGUUACGAAAACCUGCUGGGGCGCGAGGCGCGGGAGCCGCGGGGCACCUCACCCGAGAGCCGCCGCCCUCCGGUCGUGGUGAACCUCUCCACCUCGCCCAGGCGCUACGCAGCGCUGUCGCUGUCGGAGACGUCGCUGUCGGAAAAGGGUCGCGCCGGGGAAAGCCUGGGCCGCAACUGGUAUGUGACGCCGGAGAUCACCAUCACGGACAACGACCUGCGAGCCGCCGCGGAGCGCCCAGCUGCCCGAGGCUGGGAGUUGCCCGGGGGUCGCGUGCGACCGCUUGUCCCCGCCGCGCCCGAGCCCGCCUCUGGUCGCCAGCGCAGCCUCGAGCAGCUGGACGAGCUCAUCACCGACUUGGUCAUCGACUCUCGGCCCGCGGCGGGCUCGACCCCAGAGCCCGUGCCAGACGGCCUGGGCCGCCCGCUGCGCCGCAGCCUGCAGGACUCGAGGCCCGCGGGCCCUGGGGCCUCUGCGCUGGCGCCGCCACGCUCGCCCCCCGCGUCAGCUGGUAGCGCUGAGGAGCCUGCGGGCCCGGGGGAGGCGGCCGACGCGUCCCCGGAACCCAGCGCCGACGAAGACGACCUGAUGACCUGCUCGAACGCGCGCUGCCGGCGCACUGAGACCAUGUUCAACGCCUGCCUCUACUUCAAGUCCUGCCACAGCUGCUACACCUACUACUGCUCGCGCCUGUGCCGCCGCGAGGACUGGGACGCGCACAAGGCGCGCUGCGUGUACGGCCGCGUGGGCAGCGUAUGCCGCCAUGUGCUGCAGUUCUGCCGCGACAGCGGCCCGGUGCACCGCGCUUUCUCGCGCAUCGCGCGCGUGGGCUUCCUGUCGCGCGGCCGUGGCGUGCUCUUCCUGGGCUUUCCCAGCCCGGGCUCUGCCGACAACUUCCUGCGCUUCGGCCUCGAGGGGCUGCUGCUGUCGCCCACCUACCUGUCGCUGCGCGAGCUGGCGACUCACGCGGCACCCCUGGGCAGCUACGCGCGGGAGCUGGCGGCGGCCGGGCGCCUCUACGAGCCGGCAGAGUGCUUCCUGCUCAGCGUGUCGGUGGCCGUGGGCCCGGGCGCCGGAGCCUCCCACCCUGUGCCCGCGCCGCGCAGCCCCGGACCCACGGUGCGGAAGUUCGCCAAGGUGGCGCUGGCAGCCAGUAGCCCCGCACGGCCGCCUCCUGCGCGUACUCGCGAACCAGACAUGGAGACGCUUAUCCUGACGCCGCCGCCGGGCACCGCCGGCCUGGACCAGGAGGGCGAGGCGGGCCGGCGGGCACGCGAAGUCGCAUUCAUCCACAUCCAGCGUGAGCUCCGCCUGCGCGGCGUCUUCCUGCGCCACGAGUUUCCGCGCGUCUAUGAGCAGCUCUGCGAGUUCGUGGAGGCUAACCGGCGCUUCACACCCACCACCAUCUACCCUACGGACCGGCGCACCGGCCGCCCGUUCAUGUGCAUGAUCAUGGCCGCGUCUGAGCCGCGUGCACUCGACUGGGUGGCCAGCGCCAACCUGUUGGAUGACAUCAUGUGAGCCGGCGGGCCCCAGCCCCAGCCCCAGGCCCACUUGAGUCAGACCCCCACUUCUUCCUCAACCCCCUAACCCCCUACCAGCUCGGCCGGUCUCCAGUCCUGCCCCUGGCCAUCCCCUCUGCUCAUCCCCAGGCCCUCCUCCCCGCAGGCUGUAGGCUUCGCCUCCGGGAGACUCCUGCUCCCACUACCCUCCCACUGCCCUCCCCAGAGGCCGGUCCUCACCCUCGGUGCUCCCCGCUGGGAGGCGGGGUGGGCCUGAGGACCGUAGGGCUCUGCCUUCACUCCGAAGAGUGUGGCUUGGCAAGACCCCAGCCAUACAAAUUCAAUUCCAGUCCACUACAUCACGGGACUCCCCCAGCCUCAGGUCCAGGAGCCCGUGCUGACCAAAGUCUAGCGGCACGUUAAGGGCAUCCCGGCCCGCCUGCUGUCUGGAUUCACCCCACUCUGAGGCCUUCCUUAAGGAAAGUGGAGAGUGCUCUGGGGACCCUGCUUGCACCAUGCCAAGAGAGAAACCUAGGAGUGUCCCUCUGCAGCCCUGGACAGCCCCUGCCAGGGCACCUGGUAUACUCCAGGCACAGGGAGACCUGGCAGGGGGAGCAGAGCUUGUGGCCUGCAGGUGCCAGCCAGCGUCAAGAUCUGUCUGACUGAGGGUUGGAGCACCUACCCUAGGCAAAAGCCACGACAAGUAGGGAUGUGUGACCACACAGGCCCGUUUCUCCCAGGAUGACUGGAAGCCUGUGCAGGUGAGGGACCUAUGCAGGGUUAAGCACAGAGGUCCUUCAGGAAGUAGCAUUCAUAAGCCCGCAGCCCAGGGCACCCGAGGAGCGCGUGACCUGCCCCAGAGUCAUAUCCUUGACUGCACCCUGACCCUGUGCCCUCGCCCUGGCUACGCCCCAAGCUGCUAGGUGAGGCUUGAGCUUGAUGUGUUGUGAGCUCCCGCUGAGGGAGGGUGUCCACUCCAGAGGAUCCAUAGGGGCCUUGCGACAGGGAGGGAAGCGAGGCCAGGCGCUGCAAAAGGGCUCUCCCGGAGUCCCAAUCCCUUUGGGCCCCGGGGAGGGGUCAUCGAGUGGAGAAGCUGUGGUCCCGCUCAGUCCUGCUCCGUCUGCGCCUGCCCGCGACUUUGCACGCAGCGCGGCACUCUCCGCGCGCCCCCAGCCCCGAGCUUCAGCUCUAGGCCGCACCUGAGGUCCGGCAGGAUCGCCCGGGACCCAGGUCACUGCCUGGGCGCGAGCGCUUUCCAACCAAGUAAAAUAGAACUUGAAUGUA